AUGGAUAAAAGGUCGGCAGAGAGUCCAAUGGACUUUGAGUGGCAGACCAGGGCGCCUGGCGAUGUCACUUCGCCCUUUUACCAGCUCAGCAUGCAGCACGACAACCAGAAGAAGCGCCCUCACAGUAUCUUCGAUUCCCCUGAAAAGAAACAAAUGCCUGCUCUCCGCGAACCCAACUCACAGCCCUACCUCUUCUCGCAACCGCGAUCACAACCACAACCACAGCCCCCGUCAACCCCCAAACCCGCCUUUGCCUCGUUGGCUUUUAUGACUCCGCGGAAAUUCGAUUUGGACUUCUCCUCCGGCGCAGAGAACAUGUCGUCUCCUGAAAAUGCAGACAAUGAGGAUACCCCCGAGCAGCCGAUGAAGACAGGGAGCCGCAACUCGCUAUUUGGCAUGUACGGACGGUUUGCACCGAGCCCGGGACGCGGUGAGAUUCCACGAAUGAACCACUACUCCAACGCUCUGGCGCGACGGGUACACAAGCGACGAAGGAGGGAUAAGGCGUUGGAUGUGCAGCUACGGAAGGAGAGUGAUGACGAGAGCGAUCGGCCCAGCAGCAGCGAAGGACAACCGACCGUUUUGAAGAGACAGGGGACAACACAGGCGCAGGGACAAGGCAAGGAACAAUCUGUAUCGCGGAUAUCUUCGUUUUCCGAGUUUUUCGCCAUGCUCGAGGCGCAUCCUCACCUGCCCAGCAUUCUGUCGUGGUGGGCGCAGUUGGUGGUGAAUUUGUCGCUAUUUUCGCUCGCCGUUUACGUCGUUUUUGGAUUUGUGUCGGCCAUUCGGGCGGAGUUUGAGCAGGCUGCGGAGGAAGUGUCGGAUGGGAUACUGGCGGAAAUGGCAACGUGUGCGAAGAGCUACGUCGAUAACCGGUGUGCUGGAGGAGAUCGACUCCCUGCGCUGGAGACAGUGUGUGAAAACUGGGAGCGAUGCAUGAACCGGGAUCCAGCCAAGGUUGGACGGGCCAAGGUGUCGGCGCACACCAUGGCGAUUAUCAUCAACAGUUUUAUCGACCCUAUCAGCUGGAAGGCAAUUCUCUUCUUCCUCGCCACCAUCUCGACAGUCACCGUCGUCAGCAACUGGUCUUUCCGAUCCUUCAGAAACCGCCUCAACCAGCAAGAGUAUGCGCAUCCACCUCCACCUCCUAGCUUCUCCCGCCAGUCAUCGGGCCAGCACCCACAACUCCAGCAUCAGACAAGUUUUGGAUACCUGGGACAACAGGAACAAACCCAGACACGUGCUCCGACUUUUGAGGAUAAGGAAAACGUGCCCUUGAUGCUCGAGCAUCCGCAAUCGAUGAGUUUUGCUGAUCGAAGUCGGGAGAACCGCCUGCGCAGCCCGAGUCCGGUCAAACGGGGCAGGAGGUUGUUAUAA